UUAGCCCAUUCCAAUAUGAGUCAUUCAGGAGGAUCAACAGGAAACUUGAAAAAUGGAUUAAUAGACUUUACCGCUGGGUCCUUAGGUGGUGUAGCAGUCGUGUAUGUUGGACAACCUUUAGAUACAGUAAAAGUUAAAAUGCAAACCUUUCCACACCUUUACAAAGGAAUGUAUCACUGCCUAAAACAAACUCUUCGUAAUGACGGUAUUGUCAGAGGACUAUAUGCUGGGACAACACCUGCAAUAAUUGCAAAUGUUGCUGAAAAUUCUGUGCUAUUUGCUGGAUAUGGCUAUUGCCAAAAGUUUGUGUGCAACAUUGUGGGAGCAGAGAGUGUUGAUAAACUUUCAAUGUUCGGAAAUGCAUCGGCUGGAUUCCUCGCAGCGUUCUUCUCAUCUUUCACUCUGUGUCCAACAGAGUUAAUAAAAUGUCAGCUGCAAGCCAUGAGAGAAGUGAACAUCCAAAGCUCACAAACAGCUGUAAAAAUUACUCCAUUUCAAUUGACACAACAAAUUUUAAGACAAUAUGGAAUACAAGGUCUAUUUCGAGGGCUUAUACCAACAAUCAUGAGAGAAAUGCCUGGAUACUUUUUCUUCUUUGGUGGAUAUGAAGGUACAAGGGAACUAUUAGCAAAACCUGGUCAAUCGAAGGAUGAUAUAGGUUUUGUGAAGACGAUGAUAGCAGGAGCAGUCGGUGGAUUAGUGUUAUGGACUGUUAUUUUCCCUACAGAUGUCAUCAAGUCUCGAGUACAAAUCUCAAAUAAAAGUCAAAAAUUUCUCACUGUUGGAUUGGAAAUCAUUCAAAAAGAAGGAGUGUUGGCCCUUUACAAUGGUCUGAAACCUACAUUAGUUAGAACAAUACCAGCGACAGCUGCAUUAUUCGUUGUAUAUGAAUAUUCGAAGAAAUUUAUGCAUCAGUCAUUCGGUGAUUAGGUACAAGCUGUAAAAAUGUAUAAUGUUUGAUUUAUAGUACAAUAAAAUGAUUCUUGAGA